GUGAAACUAACCCUGUUACACUGUCCAGAGGCAGCCAUGGCCGCAGAGAAUCCCAUGGAAAGUCUGCAGGAACAAGCUACUUGUCCCAUCUGUCUGGAGUAUUUUAAGGACCCAGUGACAAUAGACUGUGGGCACAAUUUCUGCCGAGCCUGCAUCAGGCACUACUGGAAGGGAUCCGAUACAGCCGCCUCCUGCCUUCAAUGCAGAGAAACUGUGCAACAGAGAAAUCUCAGGCCCAACAGGCAGCUGGCAAACAUGGUAGCAAUAGCCAAACGGCUGAGUUUACAGGCAGCAAAGGGAGCAGGAGGAGAGAGAGUGUGUGGGGAACACCGGGAGACUCUGAAACUGUUUUGUGAAAAGGACCAAACCCCCAUCUGUGUGGUUUGCCAUCUAUCCCCGACUCACAGAGCUCACAAGGUGGUUCCCAUAGAAGAAGCUGUCCAGGAGUACAAGGGAAAAAUCCGGGCCCAUUUGAAGACUCUGAGGAAAGAGAGAGAAAAGCUGCUGGGAUUAAAAGAGACUGGAGAGAAGAAAAGCUGGAAGAAUUUGAAACACAUCGAAAAGGAGAGGCAGAAAAUUGUGUCUGAAUUUCAGCAACUGCGGCAGUUCCUGGAGGAACAAGAGCGACUCCUGCUGGCCCAGCUGGAAAAGCUGGAAGAGGUGAUUGUGAAGAUAGAGAAGGAAAAUAUCACCAAACUCUCUGAGGAGAUUUCCUGUCUCAGCAAGUUGAUCAGUGAGCUGGAAGGGAAGUAUAAGAAACCAGCGAGUGAAUUCCUGCAGGAUGUCAGAAGCACCUUGAGCAGGUGUGAGAAGGGGAAGUUCCAUCAGUCAGUGAAGAUUUCUCCUGAGCUGGAAAAGGGGCUCCAUGUUUUCUCCCAGAAAACUGUUGCUCUAAUGGAGACUCUGAGGGAGUUCAAAGACACUCUGCCAUAUGAACUGGAGACAAAAACAGGGGAACCCCUAGGAGCACACAGACUGGCGAAUGUGACUCUGGAUCCUGACACGGCUCAUCCCCAACUCAUCCUAUCUGAGGAUCGGAAAAGUGUGAGAUGGGGAGACACACGGCAGCGACUGCCCAACAACCCUGAGAGAUUUGACUAUUGUUUCUGUGUGCUGGGCUGUGAGGGAUUCACCUCAGGGAGACAUUGUUGGGAGGUGGAGGUGAGGGGUGGGGAAUUCUGGGCUGUGGGGGUGGCAAGAGUCUCUGUGAGGAGGAAAGGAUGGAUCAGCCUCAGCCCUGAGGGGGGGAUCUGGGCUGUGCAGCGGUGCGGGGGUCAGUUGCGGGCUCUCACCUCCCCUGAAACCCCCCUGCCCCUGAGCCGGGUCCCCAGUAGGAUCCGGGUUUAUCUGGACUGGAACCGGGGGCAGGUGACAUUUAUCAAUGCUGCUGAUGAGGCCCCGAUCUUCACUUUCCCACCAGGCUCCAUCCCUGGGGAGAGAAUCCGACGCUGGCUCUGGGUGGGGAGGGGAUCCCGGCUCAGGCUGUGUCGCUGAGACACACCAGGGAGGGGGGCAUAUCCCACUGGGGACCCUGAGAUCAGCCUUCCUAGCCUCACACAGCCUUGUCUCUAUGCAGGGCCGGCUCCAGGGUUUUGGCCGCCCCAAGCAGCCAAACAAAAAAACAAAACAAAAAAGCCACGAUCGUGAUCUGCGGCGGCAAUUCGGUGGGAGGUCCUUCGCUCCGAGCAGGAGUGAGGGACCAUCCGCUGAAUUGCCGCCGAACAGCUGGACGUGCCACCCCUCUCUGAAGUGGCCGCCCCAAGAACCUGCUUGGUAAGCUGGUGCCUGGAGCCAGCCCUGUCUCUAUGACCUCUCCCUGUGGACUAUCUAUCAUGCCAUCACUGUGACCUUGGAGGUUGCUUCUGGUCUCAACUCUGUGCAGCCUCUGCACUGUCAAAUCAUAGAGAGCAGGGAGUGAGAGAGGCAGAGAAGCCAAUCUUACUGCCUCAGGGAUUGUGCAGCAUGUUUGCCCUGUCCUCUGUGGUCCAAGAGGACUCUGGGAAUCCUGGGUCAGACAGUGUCACUGAGACACGGGGGGAACAGCCCUCCGGGAAUGAAACAAUGGGCUUCUCUAGCCAAGUCAUCCUAGUCCCUAUGGCCUGGAGGAUUCCAGUCAAUCCAACCCUCUGAUAUCUUAGCUCUAUGACCCUUGGAAGCUCCUCCUCCCUUCCUUCCUGCAGGGAUAGGAGGGGGAAGAACCCCUAGAGCUGCAGGAGGAGCAGAGGGGCCCUGAGGAGCAGAUGUGGGGGCUGGGUACGGUCAGAACUGAUGGAGGGGCUGGGAGCAGAAGUGAUGUGGAGUUGGGGGAGAAUUAACAGUUGG